AUCCCCACCUCUUACCUCUCCCUUUCCAAUAUUUUUCUCUGCUAUCCUCCUUUCCAUUCUAAGUUUCUAACAUAACUAUUCUCUCUCCCAUUAUUCAUUUUUUGAUGGCAGAAAUUGAUCACUUUCAAAGACAUAACAAUAAUAACACAUCAACACGGUUAAAACUUUUCGGCAUCAACGUAUCAUCUCCCUCAAUAUCAGAAUAUGAUCCAACAGAAGAAGUGGAGUCGUCCACCUCACCCCAUUCAAAAUCAUCAACUACCACAGCAGCAGGCGCAUCAUCGCCUGAAUCUGGAGGAGGUGGAGGCGGUUAUCCUCCGCCUUCCUCAAACGAGGCCUCGAGAAAGUACGAAUGUCAAUAUUGCUGUAGAGAAUUCGCCAACUCACAAGCCUUAGGUGGGCACCAGAACGCUCACAAGAAAGAGCGGCAGCAGUUGAAACGCGCUCAAAUGCAGGCCACUCGAAACGCUGCAGCAGCUGCUGCUGCCGCGGUUUCUUACGUUCGUAACCCCAUGAUAACGGCUUUCGCACCUCCACCUCACCUCCUACCAGCCUCCGCGUGUGGGGCUGGGCCCAUGAGUAUGCCUUCAUCACCUAAUGCUUCUUCUUCAUCUUGGGUUUAUAUGAAUAUGAAUAUGAACAUGCCACGUGCAUCCAUGCCUCCUAUGCACGUGUCGCACGGUUGUGUGUUCCCGUCGUCGGGAUCUAACGGUGGAAAUUUAACUCCGCCGACGCAGAGUAGGGUUGAUGGGCCAUCUUUGAGUAGGUUUAGUAGAAACAGUGGGUCUGGUUUUGAUGAUGGUGUUGGGCUUGACUUGCAUCUCAGCCUUGCUCCUGCUCGCCCAUGAUUUCAGCUACGGUGAAGUUCUUUUUUUAUUAUUAUUAUUGAUUUUAUUCUAAUUUAGAGAUUUCGGUGGUGCGUUUAUGAUCUUAUCAAUUAUAACCCACUUCAGGCUAUUCAAACUCUUAGUACUGCUAUUCAAACUCUAGAAUUUCCGCUUUUUUUAGAAGUUGGAUCUCUGUAAAUCUUCUUUUUUCAUAUUGAAAUAUAUUUAUUUAUUUGUUUUUA